AUGUCGAAAGGACUACUCACCGAACAACAAGUUAACAAGCGCGACAAUAAUGACAAAGAAUUAAAAAUUGGUUCAUUACCUUUACAAUUGCAAGAAUAUGCCAUUAUAGAAGAUUUAUUAUUUAUAAUGAUGGGAAUUGAGGGCAAAUAUAUUGAAGCAAAUUUAUCUGAGGAUUCUACUGAAGACGAACAACAAUUGGAUGGCGUUACUUAUUCGGUGGAUGGAUCUUUAGAUCCAUCGUUAAAAGACUUAACCGAACGUAUAUUACCACUUGCAACAUAUUAUACCUCCAUAAACGCUUUCGUUGAGAUGCAUUCAAAAUUCGAGUACGGAUUUGUAAAUCACGCAUUAUGUGCCGCAAUGAGAGAAUUAUUAAAGGAGGAUACUGAAAUGUUAAUCGAUGGUUUUCAUCGGAAUAAUAAUAUACCCCAACAAGUUAAAGGCGGUGGUUUAUUGAGUAUCUUGAUUGAUCGAAUGACUAAUAUGAGCGGGAAGGAAGAUCUUAAAGAGGAUUUCAAUGACGCGUAUUGGGAAAUGCGAUAUACUAUUAAAGAAAAUGUUGUCCCUCCAUUUUUAAUCCCGUUUAGAAAUAAAAUAUUAUUAGCCGGAAAAUACCUUAACGUUAUCCGGGAAUGUGGAAUUGCAAUACAGGAACCACAGCAACAAACAAUGGAUGAUGUUGUUGGUAAAGAUAAUGUAGAUAAGACGGAUGUUAAUGUCAGUAAUGAUAUUUUGGCGGCUAUGGAUGGCGGAAGAUCGAUAAAACGUUAUUUUUUCCUCGAUCAAUCCGAUUUUUUUACACAUUUUCUCGAUCUUGCAUCAGUGGAAUUAAAAAAACCAUCCGGUCAAGUCUCUCUUACCAAACUUCAGUCCCUAUUAGACUUAGUUCUUCGUAAUCCUUCCUCUGUCGCAUACACUGAUCCGUUUAAAGAAGAUGUCAAAGUGGAGAUGAGCACUGUCCGUUUAGUAGACCAAUUACUACGUAUAAUAAACGUAGAAACAGCGCCAGUUAGUCGAACCAAUAGUUUUAGUGAAAGUUUGGGGAUUCGAAAAGAAAUUGGUAGGAUAGGAGAUGAAAGUGAAUAUGAAGGUUCUGAGGAUGGCUCUAUAAGUGGUGAAAGAUUUGGUUAUGCAGUAGGUGUAGUAUGGAAUGUAGGAGGUAGCAAGCAAUCGUUAAUGGCUUGGAAAAGUCGUGUUUUUGCUCUUCGUCAAAGGAUGUUGGUUUUCGUACAACAAUUUGCAUAUUAUAUUACCAAUGAAGUUCUAGAACCCCAAUGGAGAAAUUUGGAGGCCAAUCUAGCAAAGGAAUGCAUGCUAACGAAUGCAAAACUAUUGAGAGUAAGUGAUUUAACUUUUGUGUUUCCUAUUACAUCGUUAUUAAAUGAAUAUUUUGUUGAACAGACAUAUUCAAAGUUGACUUCUGCGUGUGUUCUUUUUUCAAACAACACCGAAAAAUUUAUGAAAUCUCUCACCAUACUCGAAUCACAAGUAGAAUCUGUGUCAGACCCCAUACAAAUAGACUCACAAGAUCGCACUUUGCAAUUAUUUGAAAAAUUUGAAGAUUAUUUUCUUUAUCAUAUUAAGUUGCUAAUUGAAUGCUUAAAUUUUUAUUCCGCAACUGAAACAGUUCAAUUUUUAUGUUUGGUUGUUAGAUUAGAUUACAAUUUAUAUUUUACUAACAAAUAA